UACACCGCUGGCACACCGUUCUUACCCUGGUCCGCCCCUUCACAAACCGACAACUGUCCACCUGUAACAAUCUUUAUGCGCGUCAACACUCAUUCGUUCACCCCCCUCCCAUUUCCGCUAAUUUACGCCGGUAGUAGUAACCUGCGCACCACUAACAAAACACAAUCAAAUCACCUAAUAAGGAACAUCAAAAGUGGCGCAUCUUAGCGCACCAUCAUCCCAGGGUGCGUAUUGUUCCUCCUGUUAAUGGGCUUUUUAUUCGAUCGAUUUUGAAUAUUCAAUGGCCGAUCUGUUGCGUACUUGUGAUCUGGUGUAAGUUUGUGGAUAUUUAUUUACGAACGGAGUUUUUAAGGCUUUUUGAUCGAUCGAUUUUGAAUAUUUUUCAAUGGCUGCUCCUCCUGCACGUGCACGAGCAGAUUAUGAUUACCUGAUUAAGCUCCUUUUGAUCGGCGAUAGCGGUGUGGGCAAGAGUUGCCUUCUUUUGCGUUUUUCAGAUGGCUCUUUCACUACUAGUUUUAUCACUACCAUUGGUAUUGAUUUCAAGAUAAGAACCAUCGAGCUUGAUGGAAAACGUAUCAAACUACAAAUUUGGGAUACAGCUGGUCAGGAACGGUUCCGGACAAUUACAACUGCUUACUACAGAGGAGCCAUGGGUAUUUUGUUGGUAUAUGAUGUUACAGACGAGUCAUCUUUCAACAACAUAAGAAACUGGAUUCGUAACAUCGAACAACAUGCUUCUGACAAUGUUAACAAGAUCUUGGUGGGAAACAAGGCUGAUAUGGAUGAAAGCAAACGGGCUGUACCUACUGCAAAGGGGCAAGCACUCGCCGAUGAAUAUGGCAUCAAAUUCUUUGAAACCAGUGCGAAAACCAAUCUAAAUGUGGAGCAAGUUUUCUUUUCAAUUGCAAAGGAUAUCAAACAAAGGCUUUCAGAUACCGAUACCAAGGCUGAGCCAACAACAAUUAAGAUCAAUCAAGCAGACGGAGCAACUGGGAGCGGUCAAGCUGCACAGAAAUCCGCUUGCUGCGGUUCUUAAACUGAAAACUAAUUGUGAUGAUAUCAUCAUAUUGGGGGUGGGGUGUUUGUAUUUUUCAACUUAUCUGCCAAUUUUUUAAAACUUUUGUGUUAGUGUGCGAAACAUAGGUUUCAAAUACUGGAUUCCUUUUUCUUCUUGUUGCAGGAUGCUUUAUGUUUUUCUUUACAAAUUUUCUCACAUUUAGUUUGUGUUUCAAGAUGAAAUAUUAUGUUAUAAUUGUUGUUA